GUCUUUCACUUUGUCAACUCGCCCUUCUAAUGAUGGCUCUUUAAUCAGUCAAGUGGAUUGAGAAUUUGAGAUAUAAAUGAACGCCAAUUGCGCUUCAUAUUGAAAAUGUUGGAAGAUUCCUUUAUUAUGCAGACGUGUCAUAUUUCCAUGGUUACACGAACCCUGUAGAAGUGGCAUCAACAAGAAAAUACAUUUUCCUCAUUCUUCUUUCAGGUUUCCCCUUACAAGCACAGACAAAAUUUUGUCGCAAACAAAAAUGUCCGUUUUUGAGCAACUACGCCCAUUCGUAAGCCUUUGUCAAGCUUGUGGCAUGAUCCCUUUUACUAUCGAACAAAAUCAGAUUACUAACAAAUUUGAGAAAUUUACUUUUUCUUUUCGACAUCUCACUACCUGGUGGUUUUUCCUAGUGAUGGUUAUGGAAACUGUAGUUAUGGGCGUGAUGGGAUACGUCUCUCUCACUCAAUCACUCGAUUUACUAAUGGUCCAAAAUUUGCCCAUCACUGUAAUUAUCCUUUUAUUAGGGAUUGCAAUUUCUUAUGCCAUUCAAAUAAUCUUGUCCCGUUGGAUCGUGUUACACUACCGCCAACUAGGAAAUGUGGUCAAAAUCAUUCAAGAAGUUGAGAAACUUUUUGGGGAGAAAUUUAUUUCGCGACACCCGAGCUCCGUUACGUCACGAUUUGUCAUCGGCUUUAUUCUCGUCAUUACAUCGGCUGUAUGUGCUUUGAUUCUUUCUUCUCCGGUUCACCGACAGUUUUCAAGUUUGAUAUACGUCUACAUCUCUUCUUCAACUGCUAUAUUUUUUGCUAUAGCAUUAGUCUACGCCUUAUUUGAAUGCACAUUCUUUUUAUUUUAUAUGUGUUAUUACAUAAUCGCUUAUUAUGUUCAACUUCUAAUAAUACGCUCAGAUGUGGAAGCUAUUGCUGAAAAACAAACAACAUCACGCAAGACGUAAGAGACCUUAUUUAGUGCUAGUCUAUUGUGCUAGUCUCGUUAAUUAAAUAUAUGUAUGACUAAAGUA